GCCCAAGUAGCCAGAGUAACUAACCAAAGAUCUUGGCUAAGCUGUACUGUACUCGAGAAAAAAAAAUUGAGGACAAGCUAAAGAGAGAGCUGUAUCAAUUUCAAUGGCGUCGCGCUCCCUCUUUCUCAGUCUCAGACGGAGAAGCAGCAAUUGCAGUUUGUCAAGGCUGUUGUCGUCGGGCGCCGCCAGCACCGAAUACGUGGACGAAUAUUUGAAUAAUUCGGAAACCGAUGAUCUGAAAAGCCGCAUUUUUCGGCUGCGGCUUCCGAAGCGGAGCGCCACUACCGUAAUCGAGAAAUGGGUCGGUGAGGGCAACCGAGUUUCCAUUUCUGACCUCCGCCGAAUCUCUAAGGAACUGAGGAAAUCCCAGCGUUUCAAGCACGCUCUCGAGAUAUCAGAAUGGGUGGUUACUCAUGAAGAGUACAAGUUAUCAGAUUCUGACUAUGCAAUUCGUAUUGACUUGAUGACAAAAGUUUUUGGUAUUGAUGCUGCUGAACGCUAUUUUGAAGACUUGCCUCCUACUGCAAAGACUAGUGAAACCUACACUGCUCUUCUCCAUUGUUAUGCGGCUGCAAAAUUGACUGAAAAGGCAGAAGAACUUUUUGAGAGGAUAAAGGGGUUGGCCUUGUCAAUCUCUGCCCUUACAUACAAUGAGAUUAUGACUCUUUACAUGUCAAUUGGGCAGGUGGAGAAGGUUUAUUUGGUCGUGGAAGAACUGAAAAGGCAUAAGGUCGCACCAGAUAUCUUUACUUACAAUCUUUGGAUAAGUUCAUGUGCUGCGGCUCUGAACAUUGAUCAAGUUAAAAGGAUUCUGGAUGAAAUGAGAUGUGACUCUAGUUGCAAUGAUGGUUGGGUGAGAUAUAUUAGCCUCGUAACUGUUUAUGUUAAUGCUAGCCAUCUUUCAAACGCGGAGUCCAGCUCUCCUAUUGAAACAGAGAAACGCAUCACACAAAGGGAAUGGAUAACUUAUGACUUCCUUGUUAUGCUGUAUGCUGGCUUGGGAAACAAAGAUAAAAUUGAUCAGAUAUGGAAAUCACUAAGAAUGACCAAACAGAAAAUGACAAGCAGAAAUUACAUAUGCAUUUCUUCUUCAUAUCUGAUUCUUGGGCAUUCCAAAGAAGUGGGAGAGGUUAUUGAUCAAUGGAAGCAGUCUAACACCGCAGACUUUGAUAUCUCUACCUGUAAUAGGAUUUUGACUGCAUUUACAGAAGUUGGGUUGACUGAAAAAGCCCAUGACUUACAUUUGCUUCUGAUUCAGAAAAGCUGCAGCCCUACAAGCAAGAAAAGUUAUAUUGGAGUCUAAUGUGGCUAGGGAAGAAAAUUUGUGAGGUCACCUCCAUGAAGGCUGGACUUCAGGAAGAAAUCAUACGCGUGCUCGAAAAUCUUGUAGCCUUGCCUUGUACUUUGCAGUUCCAAGAUAUGGCUGACUUCGGUACUGGUGAUGGGUUUUUGACACCCAUUUUAUGAAAUGUAGGAUCCAUGGACUCUUAAAAUUUAAACUAUUUGCCUCUUGCGUAAUUUAUAAUCAGGUGAAUUGCAUGCUCUCACAAUAAUUAAUGAAUGAAGAAAAUGAACACCGGAGUUUUAUAGCUGCUGCUUGUUUUGAUCAUUAUGUAAUGCACACGCCUUGCAGAGCCUAAGUGGCGUUUUCGUUUUUAUCCCUUCAUAUCUAAGUACUUGCCACAGGGUCGAAGGGUUCCUAAAUCAAGGAAGUAGGAGAUGCAAAAGCACCUAUGCUUUCCUGUCAACAAGACUUUGGGACUUUUCUUUCUUCCUUUCUCUUGAGGUGACCAAAAAAAAAAAGGUAAAGAAACGCAAAGGAGAAAUAAAGACCAGAUGAGGAGUGGUGGUGCCACACGAAAUGGGAAAAGAAGCCAAAAGACCUUGAAAAAUAUUAAUGCUUGAUAGACGGGAAGACGUUUCUCAAUUUUUAAGUCUCUUUUUUUAAUCAGAUAUUCAUAGUGUGUACAUAACAUACCUUGGAAUGUGUUACUGUCACUCUCAGAUUUCGAAUAAAACCCAUGAAGGUGUUGAUUAGUUUAAUUGGGUGAUUGUAUCUUAUGAUAAAAGACAAAUAAAUUCUCUUUGUAUGGAUAUAUGCUAAUUAGCUUAGUAAGUUAUUCGAUGGUUGUGUGAAGAAUCUAGUAUCCAAACUUUAUCUUCACUAAAGAUGAAGGACGUGGGGAUAAGGUGAAUGUCAGAAGGUGACCAUUGCAGUGCAGGGCGUGAAAG